UACAUCGAUUAAGCUGCUGUGGAGCGCGCGCGCGACUCUUCAGCUAGAGAGAGUCGCUCAGAACAAGAAGAAGAAGAAGAAGUGGAAAGUGUGAAUCCUCCGCGCAGCGAAGGAGCAGAACUAGGAGGUGACGCCGCUCAUUUCCGCGUCUGAAUUCAGCGGUGACACCGAGGCUUUGAGGAGGCAGCGGACAUUAUCAGGAGCCGCGCGCUGUUAUAACGGGACAUCUGCGCAGCAAUGGCAACCCCCCAGCAUUGAGGAGCUUUUUGCAUCACAGAAACAUCGACAGUCAGCUUCCCUCCUCUCUUUUGUUUGAACCAUGGACUCCUCUGGGGACCUGACCCCAGCCUUAGAUGGGCCUGUUAACCCCAAAGGCUUCUCCGGUCGCCUGGAUCUCAGCGGCCUCUACCAUCUGGGCCGGACGCUGGGAAGAGGCCACUUUGCUGUGGUGAAACUGGGCCGUCAUGUCAACACAGGGCAACUGGUGGCUGUAAAGAUGAUCGACAAGACUAAGCUGGACGUCAUGGCAACAAGCCACCUCUUACAGGAAGUCAAGUGUAUGAGGCUGGUGCAGCAUCCAAACGUGGUCCGGCUCUAUGAAGUCAUCGACACCCCCACCACUCUCUACCUUGUCAUGGAGCUGGCUGAGGGCGGCGACCUUUACGAUUACAUCCUGCGCCAUGAGGGCGGCGUGGCCGAGGCCACCGCCAAGCGCCACUUUGCUCAGAUUGUGCGUGCGGUGUCGUAUUGCCACCAGUUGCACGUGGUGCACCGGGACCUGAAGCCGGAAAACGUGGUGUUCUUCCCCCAACAAGGCGCCGUGAAGUUGACAGACUUUGGAUUCAGCAAUUUAUUCCAGCCGGGGAUGAUGUUGGCCACCAGCUGCGGGUCGCUGGCUUAUUCUGCUCCGGAAAUCCUGCUGGGAGAGGAGUAUGAUGCUCCAGCUGUGGAUAUCUGGUCUCUUGGGGUGAUCCUGUACAUGCUGGUCUGUGGAGUCCCUCCCUUCCAGGAAACCAAUGACAGCGAGACUCUGGUCAUGAUCCUGGACUGCCGCUACACUGUCCCUGAACACGUUUCAGAGGACUGCAGAGAUUUGAUCUCCAGGAUGCUGCAGAAGGAUCCGUGUUGCCGUGCGUGUCUCGAUGAGAUCGAGGCUCACCAGUGGCUGCAGGGCCUGGAUGACGCCCUCCUCAGCCCUGAGGCGCCACCCCACUGGGUCACAGGGGCCCUCUCUGCUACGUCUCCCUCACUGUGUGCCCCAGAGUCCGGGGAUCUGCUGGCUAUGAGGUCUUCGGCUCAGCAGACAUUUCCUGGGACGUGGCAGCCCAGCCUCUGCUUCAGCCUCCGGCCUGCUCCUGCUGAAGAGCCUCCUGCGGGCAAGAACGUCCCUGCGCUGCAGCAGAUCUGUGAGGAGGACGAGGAGGAGGAGCAGGAGGAGGGGGAAGAAGAAGAACACAGUACAUUGAGAGAAAUAGAGGAGGAAGUUGAGGAGAUGUCGGAGUGCAUGGAAAACCUGGAAGAGUUUGGAAAAACAGAGGAGGAAAAGUCAGUGGAGAUGGAAAGAGAAAACGAAGACAGCGGUUGUGUGAUAUCAGAUCAGCCUGUCAGUCAUCGGGAUGAGACGCUCAGCCAGACAUCUGAAGUCACUCCAUCCUCUCCGGCUUUAAGGGUGUCUUGUUGUCAGCUGAACAUCUCUAACAGAAAAGAGGGAGAGGAUGAAGAGAUGGAGCCCAACAACAACACUGGCAAACCACCUCCUCUGCUCUUAACACCAGACUCCUGUCAGUCCUGCAUCUCUGCAUCCUCCGCCAGCCUGAGGGAGAAAACGGAACGGGAGGAGGAAGCAAAUGAAAAGAGCGGGACGGCAGAAAAGCCUCAACCCCAAAAUCCUCCAGGAACCAGGGGCGAGUCGCUACCGAGGGCGGAGCAGGGGAAGCGGCACAGCAUCAAGCUCCGAGACAGACUCUUCCACUUCCCUUUGUGUGAGAAAGCUCUGGCCUUCAACAUACCCACACAAAACAAGCCCAAGAUCCUGCCGCUGGCUCAGUACAACUGCUGCCACGUGCUGUAGCGAACAUCGGCUUCAGGGCCGCCUUCUCUCUGGACGCACAGGCUGCUUAGCAGGCAGCAGGUGGUGGAAGCCUGAACAUAGACCUUGUGAAGUGGCGCCUGCUGAACUCUCUGCAGAGACGACGAGCUAAACCGCCCUCAGCACACAAACACGCAGCUUCACAUACCCCCACUUCUAACAGUGUGCUCAUUUAAUAGACGUUGUUUUAGUGACAGUCAAAGGUGACAUGAACCAAGGAAUUUAUUUCCAUUUGCUGCUGUGUACAGGAGGGAGCGCAGAAUAAAAAAA